CCCGAAUGUUUAUUUAGGUAUCAUUCAGGUAUUAUUUAGGUACUACCCAAUCCUCACCUGGUGGUUCUAUCAACCCAAUCUCACUUCCGAUGGCUGCGGCCCUGUGGAGACGCCACGCCGUGUUGCGUCUCAGGCAAACCCGCCUUCCCAGAACCUGGAAGGACUCGGGUUGCACUCUUCUUUCAGCCUGACAUUUUAUCUUAAGCUAAAAGCCCCCACGAUAAGUUCAUCUUAUCGCGUCUUUCAAACCCACCACGCCCUCCAGUCGGGUUCCUUUUCGAGACGCAGCCUCACCCGCAUCCGCUCCCGCACCCGCUUCCGUAAAGAUGCACGACCUCAAGACUCUCCAAGAAGGGGGCUACAGGGAAGCCGGGUUGACCAAGUUGAAGUUGACUUGUCCCCUGGCUGCAUUCCCCGAUGAGAUUCUUGAGCUGGGGGACUCGCUCGAGCAUCUCGACCUCUCGGGGACGGGGCUGUCGUCGCUGCCUGCCGCCAUUGGCUCAGCCCUGCCCCGUCUCAAGAUCGCCUUCUUCUCGAACUGCAAGUUCGCCGUGUUCCCGAAAGAGCUGGCAAAAUGCCCCAACCUGGAGAUGGUGGCCUUCCGCAGCAACGGCAUGGAGGAGAUCCCCGAGGAUGCCCUGCCGCCGCAGCUCCGCUGGCUCAUCCUCACCGACAACCGCAUUGCCUCCCUCCCUGCGAGCAUAGGCCGCUGCGCCCGCCUGCAAAAGUGCAUGCUCGCCGGCAACCAGCUGCGGGUCCUGCCGGCCGCCAUGGUCCACUGCACCAAGCUGGGCCUGCUCCGUCUGAGCGCCAACCGCCUCGAAGCCCUGCCCACGUGGCUGUUUGGCCUCCCCGAGCUGGCCUUCCUCUCCUUUGCCGGGAACCCGUGCGCGGCCCCGACCGUCAACGGCGCCACCAAGACGCCCUUCGGCCUGGCGGAUAUCGACUGGGCCGACCUCGAGGUCCAGCACACGCUGGGACAGGGGGCGUCGGGCGUCAUCUCGCAGGGCGUCUGGAAACAGCAGCACUUUGACGAGGAAGUGGCCAUCAAGCUCUUCCACGGCGCCCUGACGAGCGACGGCACGCCGCACGACGAGCUGGCCGCAUGCAUUGCCGCCGGCGCCCACGAGAGCCUGAUCUCGGUGCUGGGGCGCAUCUACGGACACCCAGACGAGCUGCGCUCUCCCGGCGCCGAUGCCGAUGCCGAUGCCGCCGGGUUCCAGGGCGGCAUCGUCAUGCAGCUGAUCCCGCCAUACUACACAGCGCUCGGGCAGCCCCCGUCCCUGUCUACGUGCACGCGCGACUGCUUUCCCGACGACGCCUCGAUCGACGCCGCGGGAGCCCUGUCCAUGCUGACGGGCAUCGCGGGGGCGGCAGCCCAUUUACACGCGCGCGGGAUAGCCCACGGGGACUUGUACGCGCACAACAUCCUAGCCAGCCGCGAAGACGCGCACGCCCUGCUAGGCGACUUCGGGGCUGCCACCAUCUACGGACGUGGCCCUGCGGCCGCCGAGUGCGGCAUCGAGAAGCUCGAGGUGCUGGCCUUUGCGCACCUGCUGGAGGACAUGGUGCGGCUGAUCAAGGACGACGACGACGACGAGGCAGCACCAGUUGCCGAGCUGCGCCGCGGGCUGCAGGAGCUCCACGCCCGGUGCUCAGCCGCGUCGGUCGAGGCGCGCCCGACGUUUGACGAGGUGGUGGAGGAGCUGGAAACCAUGAUGGGCUGGAGGGGCAUGAUGCGGAUCCCGAACCUGAACUGAAGACGCACGCUGCAGAUUGGACUGCCCAGGAUCCCCAAGUGGCCUGCAAGUACGUCAUUGCUCGGUACGUGGUGUCCUGGCACUACCUUGAAGGCCUCCUCGGCGACCUCUCUCUUGAUGCGUGCUGGUGGCCUCUGACGAAAGUUUUGUGGCAUUGCGCUAUUGUUGCUCUACC